GCCCAGCCCGCGGCGGGGGCGCGGCUGCCCCGCGGCUGACCCGCCCGCAUCACACGAGGGGGCAGCGCGGCCGCUCGCUCUGCCCCGGCGCCCGCCUGCCUUCCCUCCUCUCGCCGCCUCGCCGCAGCCCGGGCUCCGCCGAGCCAAAGCGCGGAUCAGGUUCCCUGCCUGCAGUAUAAAAAUCUCGGCGAGAAGGCUCCGGCGGGAGAGAGAGCAGAGCCGGGCGUGAGGCGGCGGCCGGCGAGCCCGUCCGUGAGGAGCGCAGGGACGCGCGGCAGCACAGGCAGUCGCUGCUCACCGGGGACGGCCGCGGCUCGCCCCUUUCAGCUGCGAGAGAAGAGCUCUUUGCCGCCCGAAAAUGCAACAGCAACAACAGCAACGUCGAAUGUUCACAGCUGCCCUCCUGGCACUCCUUUUCCUUCUGGCAGCCGUGAGUACCACUGAGGCUGGCAAGAAAGAGAAACCAGAGAAAAAGGCGAAGAAGUCUGACUGUGGGGAGUGGCAGUGGAGUGUCUGCGUGCCCACCAGUGGUGACUGCGGCCUGGGGACACGUGAGGGCACCCGCACUGGAGCUGAGUGCAAACAAACCACCAAGACUCAGAAGUGUAAGAUUCCCUGCAACUGGAAGAAGCAAUUUGGAGCGGAAUGCAAAUACCAGUUCCAGGCCUGGGGAGAAUGUGACUUGAACACGGCCUUGAAGACUCGGACUGGGAACCUAAAGAGAGCCCUUCAUAAUGCUGACUGCCAGAAGACUGUCACAAUCUCAAAGCCCUGUGGGAAGCUUACCAAACCCAAACCUCAAGAAUCCAAGAAGAAGAAAAAGGAAGGCAAGAAACAAGAGAAGAUGCUGGAUUAAUGGAGUCAACUUGGGCAAUGUGAGAAAGGGACAUCAGCAAACAUGAUCAGUUAACAGUUUCAUUUAUACCUAGGCAUUUUAUCCUAAAAUUAUUUAUAGCUUAAUGGUACCAUAGAAGGAAAAAAGCAAACACAGAAAAAAAAUCCUUUUUUUUUAUUACUUUAGUAUUUUUAAUGUAUAACCCUAACAACAAUUUUUAGAGGCCUGUAAUAAAGGACUCCAAACUCAUUUAGAAAAUUAUGUCUAUUGUAUAUUGAACAAUGUAGAGGUUUUUAAUUUUUUUUUUUAAUCAAGUCUUGCCAUAGGUCUCAAUUUGGUAAUUAGUCCAUGCAAGCAGAACCUGAGCCUGUGUGGGGCUCUGCUGAAGCCAGUGGUACCCUGUGUGAACAUAGCACUCUGGCUGGAUGCAUUUAUAUUUCAUACUGGGACCUUAUAUCUGAAAAAUUGAGGCCUGUUUCUUAAUAUAUGAUUACAUCUGCAUAACUGUAUGAAACUGUUUGUUUAAGGAAAGGAUGGGGGCAUUUUGUUGAGUAUUUACAAGUAUGAGAUUUUCUUGGAUGUGUGCUUUAUGUUCAUUCCAAAAUGUCACCAUCUACAGGUAAAAACCAGUAACACUCCUUUCCUUAACUGUAUUUUGAAUGUUGGCAGUAAAUCUAAAAUCUUUCAACAACUGGACGUAAGAGUCCUAUUUUUUCAUGAUUUUCUAGCAAUGAUUUUUCAAAGUGGAAUGAUGACAAAACUUUCCACUUUUCAGCCUAUCAGUGAUGGUAGUGUCCUCCAUUUUACCUAUCAAAGCUGAAAAAUGCUGUAUUUUAUUUGCUCAUUUUGACAGAAGGGGGAAAAUAAUUUUCAUAAAAGAUCUAGUUGAAAUUAUUGUGGUUCUGCCUAACCCAUCUCUUUUUUUGUAUCAGUGGCAAUAUUCCUGUUGAUCUUAAUUAUAGCUGGUUAAAAAAUAGUAUAUCUGUGGGAAAUAAAAGAAGAAAUCUGUUUGGAAACCACCAGAGGUAGUUCAUAUUUUUGACCAAAAAAGGGACAAUUGGUGGGACCUGAAGCCAAUAAGAAUGAAAUAAUUUUUGGUUUAUCUUUUAGUAAAACAGAAGGGAAAUACAAAACCAGUAUAUUUUGCUUUCUUCCAUUUUUAUAUAAGCAAAAGACCUUCGGAAAAGCUCAGUCAACAUAAAAUUAGUUGUGAUUUUUUUUUUUAAUAUACCCUGCAGGGGAAAAAAAGAGAAAAAUUACAACCAGCUGUUUUUCAGUUUGUUCAGUUUUACUUAAUUUAAAUGAUUCUGAAUCCUGAGGGAAGUCACAAAGUAGAAAAAAGAUCUGACAAAUGGCUGGUCUGUCUCAAAGAAGAGGGUUGUUUAACAAACUGACAACAAGCAGACCAAAAUUUUUAGAGGAAAUAUAAGGGAUUUCAGUACCCAAAUUAAGUUAAAAUUCAUUGCUUCAGAAUUCUAAGUCCUAAAAUUCAACAGCAAGAAAUAACUUUGCUGUUUGUGUAGGCUGCAGGCUUGCCUCCUGGUCAAGAGGAAUAGUCUUCCCUGUACUCCUGCAUGAUACGCACUGACUUCAGUGAAGCUGCAGCAGGCCGUGUUCAUCUGAGUAAAUCACAUUUCUCUCUUGGGAUUAGCUUCUAGACAAGCAGAGAGUCUUUUUUUUUUUUUUUUCUCAUACUAACAUCACUCCCCUUUUCUAUGCAAAAAAAAUUGUAACAAUUGUAGAACUUGCCCUCUUUUUUCUCACAUGGAGGGUACAGCUGAUCUGUUGAGGCAAGUGCUUCUGUUCCCAAACACUCCUGAAGCCUCCUAGCCAAGGCUGCACAUAGCUUAAGGUAGACUAGCCUCACAAUUAUUUCCCAGAUUCCUUGGGUGUGUUUUGCAGUCUGUGUUGAUGUCCUUGUUAUUUUGACCAUGCUGUUAGACAUACCUGAGUCUGUGGUAUAGUUAAAAAUGUCCCCCACACGUGGUGGAGGUGCAAUGACCAAAUGUAAAAUCAUAAAGGCUCAUAUUUAGGUGGUUCUGGGUGCUAUUUGGUUUGUUCAUGGUCUAAUCAGGUCUACCUGUGCUUGUGCCUCAGACUUAAACUAAUGGUUUGGUAGGUCUGCUUGAAAGCAAAGGGAGAAGGAAACUUUUUUCACUCACCAAAGGUUUGUCUGUCUACAUGCUGCAUCAGUUCACUUGAAGUGGCUCAACUUUGAGUGCCAACACUGUUGCACCAUUGUCUCACACUGGUUAAUCUAGUCCAUGUUUCAUAGGGAGCUGGCAGGAACUGGGAAUGAUGUUAAGACCAACACUUUGAUUGUCCUUUAGCAAAUCUUAGAUGUGACUUCUUAUUUCCACCUCCGUGAGUAUAAAGAAAAUAAAUCCCCCUGUGUUUCCUCUGAUGCCUGAUGGUCCUUUCAUGUAACUGCCCAUCUGGCUUGUUUGAGAAACAUUCCUAAUAGAUUUUGAAGGAAGCCAGCCAGGUUCCUGUGGUGGCAUAGGGCCUUCAUGGAGAGGGUUUAUAGAAAACAAGGAAACAAAACAAAAAAUAUCAUGUUAGGACCAGAAGAAAAUUCAGAAAAGGGUGUGAAAUAGGAGAACAUUUCUUAUGUACGACUCAUCCACAUAUGUUUGGAUCUAUAUUGGCAUCUUAUUGUUGACAACAAUUGGAAUAAUAGUUUAUAAACCUAAAAUGAAGAAAAUUUCCAAUAAGCCAGAAGAAAAUAUUCAGUGGAAAGUCUAGCUAUGCAGGAGGUGAUAAAGUAAUUUAUGGCAGAACACAGAGGAAGAUUGAAUAAGUCAGUUAGGUCAGCUCUAAAAGGAGGCUUGCAGUACUUAAAUGGACCCCUUGUUUCACUAGUGACAUUAUCAAGAAAGCAAAAGGCAAGAUUCUGAGCAAACCUCUUCCCACCCAUCUUGAUCAGUUUCUAUUUCAGUCAUUCUGAAACUUCUCCCUAUUUGCUUUCUAAUCUUCUACCCUCCCUGCUUUGGGAGAGCAAGCUGGUCUGAUAGUGCUGUGGGAGCAGCUACUUCAGAUGCAAAACAUGUUUACCGUCUUGGUGCUAUCCUAUUACAGUGAAAAAUGACUUAGAAUAGAUGUGUUGCUUACCUAGUUGAAUGGACAGAAAUUUCCUUCAUAAAUGUCCCUCUUGAGGAGUGGUUUACAUCUUCAUUUGCUACAGCUGUAAUGGAGUAUGGGGACGUGAUGAAAAUCCCCCAGAUGACAGCCUUUUUCUGAGCACUUAAAUCUAUUAUAAAAGAGAUGGGUGAGUUGCUGAACAUCACCUGUGCAUGAAUCUGCAUCCAGAUUCUGCACUCCAGUGAGUUUAAACCUGAAUGUAUUUGUGUGUAUUUUGGUAUAUCUCCCUUCUCUUUCUCUAACUAAGCUGAGGCAAUGCUGCUUUCAGUUAGGCCUGUCUUAUAUCUUGAUUUAAAACAGUAUUUGAGGACUGGGACAUUUUCUGACUUAGAUAUGUCUUCUGACAGAAAUUCCCAUCGUGAAUGAGAGUCAUUGCUUGUCAUCCUGGCCUAUUUAACAGUCUGUUAAAUGCAGCAAAACUUCCUGGGCAAGGCUCCAGGAAGGGAAAAUGUUUGUUGUACAUGCAGGUAGAUACUAAAUUGUAAUUUACUGAUUUUCAUCUUUUAAUUCCAUAAUGACAUUCUGGGCUGAACUGCUUUCAAAGGAGAAAAGUUGGAAGAAAUGAAAGAAUAACAAUUACAAAAUGUAUAAACAGGCCACUUUGGAGAGUUGGUGAAGAAGAGACAGGAAGUCAGGAGCAUUUUAUGCAAAUUUAUAUUUCCUGUUCCUUACAUGCAGAAGACAGAACUACUGGUUGGCACAUGUUUUUAUGCUUUCCUGGAUUUGUGCCUUAAUUAAAAUGAAUCAAAUGUAAAGUGUUACAGAGAAGUAAAGUCCCACUGCAUCCUCAAAAGAAAGAGUUCAAGUGGAGACAAAGUCAAAAGGAGAAAAUAGUGUACAGGCUAAUGUCAAUGUUGAGGGUGGGACAACAACCUAAUUUUCCCUCAAGUCUAGGAACUGCAGCAACAUUAAGAAUGUAAACUCACCACUUUUCUAAAGCAAUAUAUUGGUGAGAUGGAAACCAUUUUGAUAUCCCACAGCAGUGGGAUUUUAUGUCUCCGCAUGGAAUAUUUUCCCUUUUGGGAGACAUUUCAUGUCUCUCAAAUCCUACUAAGGAGAAACUAUGACAGUGAGGGUAGGUGUCUUGUAUUCAGUCCAUUUUAAUUCUCUAGGACAGCACUUCUCUGAAGUUGAGACUGAGUUCUCUCCUUUGCAGAGACAGAUUAUACCUGUUGCCUGCCUUCCCACACUUAUCCAUAAUUUUGAUGGCAUUUAUUCUGUCAUUUCUGCUAAGGCAUUCUACUUCUCAGUUAAUCUUCUGUGGAUGUUGCUGAUCUUUCCUCCUGCUUGAAACUAUAUUUUCCAUUUCUUCCUGGAUUGUUGCAAAACAGACCCAGGAAGCCCAUACCACAAAUUUCCUCCACCUGUGUCCUUCUGAAAUUAAGACAUAGUAGCAAGUUUUUAAUCACUGUAUGCCAAUGAACAAGGAAGUAUGAUAAUGAGCAAAGGGAGUCCCUGGAUUUACUGGGAGGAUAGAUUGCUGGUAGAACUUUACUCAUAACUUGACCUUGUCAUGGCUUCUCAGGGGACAGAAAUGAUCAAAAAAUCAUCUCAAAAAUUAGAGACAUUGAUGCAGGAGUGUCUGCCUUCAAACAAAAAAAAAAAAUCCACAGAAAACCACCUUAACUAGAUAAAUAGCGGCAAGCAGUUGUAUCCUUUCCCACUGUCCUCUUUUAUCAUCAAAUAUUUUGGUGCAUAGAGUUUCAGGGAUUGUGAAAGACUUGCCUGAGCAGCUGUAGAACAUGCAGAGAGCCUCUUCCACCCAUGGGUGUUUGUAUUUGGAGAAGAUGAAGGUAGUGUCAUUCAUAGCAGCAUCAAACUUUGUUUUUGGACCAAAACUAAACAAUGCUGAAAUCAAAUCAUUUUCCUAAUGGCCCCUUUUUGCCACUCUUCACAAAUGGCUGUCUGUCUUGUGGCCUCAUAACUCUGAACUGAGUAUGAGAAUUCAACUAUAUUCAACUAUUAUUAUCUCAUUGGUGAGGUGGUACUUUAGCCCUUUCUGCAGUUUGUCAUUUAAAUUUGGAUGUCUUGGAGUCCCAGAUGGCUAAAGAACUCUGUAAAAGAUGUACCUACAGAUUUGACUCCUUUCUUUAAAAACCUGUGAUAACAAAAAAAAAAACCAAAACAAAAAAAAACCAAACCCCCAAAAAAUUGAAAACAUGUCCAAAGAGUGGAUUUAUUGAUGAGGUAAAAACAGAGGUGCAGAAGUAUUCCCAUUGCAGGUGGUCAUUGAAAGUUACAAACUGUACAAAACCUUUAACCCUGAAUUCAGUGAUGGAAAGCUAGGAGAACUGGGUAGCCUCUGUGGGGCUGUUUUACCCACAGCCAGUUUCAUUCAAUGAAUUUGGUUUUCAAACUCCCUUGCUCUAAUCUAUCUGUCAACAAGACAUUAUUUAACUUUUCUCAUUAGAUCAUUCAUUGCACUCCCCAUAUUACAAUCAUGUAGUUCAUCUGGACUGUUACAGCUGAAUGAAGUGGCUGUGAUGGUCCAGAGUGUGUUGUGGUGGCUGAGAUGGCCUGAAGCAGAGACAGGCUGCAACUUGGAGCUAGAAUUCAACUAAUGCAGAUGUCAGCAUCAGACACAGCUGCUCUCUAAAUAUGCACACAGGAAUACUGCAUAUAUAUAUAUAUACACACAUUCAUAUACGGGAGAAGACUCUAGAAAGGUGCAUGCAUAAGUCCAAAUGUGAAUCACGACCAGUGCUGCCACGUUUUCAGGCUGUGGUUGAAAUGAAAGAGCUUUCUGUCCUGUGCUGUUGUUUAAGUGAGAAUACACAAGUAGGAUGAAGAGCUAGAUUUCGUCCCACUUGCCAGCACUUCAGUUUAAGGAUAGCUGUGUCCAAGGGAAAUGUAAAACACAUGCCAAUGUAAUGGCCAAAAGGACUUACUAUCACAGUGAUGUUCUCUUCUGUCACACCAAGUACACACAAGGGCUUUGUUCAAAGCUUUGAAGUAGACGAACUGCUUCAGUUAAGUAUGAACAUAUAAACACAGACAGGAAAAGUCUUUUUCUCUUCCAAUAAAAAGUGAGGAAAAUGGGUAAAAUAAGAUGGAAAAAUAAAAGUCAGAGAGAAAUCAUAUUAAUUCUUGUAGUUUGAGUGGUAAACUGAAAGGAGAAAUGAAAGUCAAAAUAACAAAGCCUGAAUAUCAUGUUCAAUGGAUUUCUAAUUCUGUAUAUAUCUAUUAAACCAGUGCUAUAUGAUAUCUUCUUAUGGGUUACUUUCUUUUACUGUUCCUUUUCCUUUUUUUUUUCCCAGUUUGUAUAUUGAUUUUGUAAGCUAGCAGUGUGUUACCUUUUCAAUUUUUUAAAACUUGUAUGAAAGCCAUAUAUCCAUAUUGUAGAAUGAAAGCAUUAAUUCUGUAACAUCCCUUGAUGUUUCCCUUAGCUCUGUGGGAUUUUGGGGGGCUCUAGUGAAUGUAUAUGUUUACCAAUUGUAUCAGCGUAAUUUACUUGAUCUUAGUGGCGAUAAAGAAUUAAAUAAACUAAUACACAGA